UGGUUCCCUAAUUUAAUUUCUUUCCUUCUUCUUUGUUUGGAGGCUAUAAAUAUAUAUUCGCCUCCGGAAGGGGAGGGGGAGGCUCUCCUUUUCUCUGCCUCCUCCAUUUCGAAUUAGGGUUUUUCUCUGGUUGCCCCUUGUAAUCGUUUGCUAUCUCUUGGACCAGAGAAACCCUCCGAUCUCCGCCAUUAGAGGACGUUCGCCCUCCUCCGAUCCGCUCUUCUUAGUCUCGUCUCUGCCGCUUGUUAGCCUCUCUUCCAGAUGUUGUGAAGUCGUUUCAGGAGGAAAAAAAAAGUAAACUUUUGCUUGUGUCUCGCAGAUUGAAGUGUGGUGGCUAUCUGCCGGAUCCUGUAGAAGAUGGGAGCAUUUAUAUCGAGAUUCUGGUUCACGUUGUUCCCUGCAAAGGAGUACAAGAUUGUGGUUGUGGGAUUGGAUAAUGCUGGAAAAACCACGACGCUUUAUAAGCUACACCUGGGAGAGGUUGUAACCACGAAUCCUACAGUUGGGAGCAACGUUGAAGAACUGGUUUACAAGAACAUACGGUUUGAGGUUUGGGAUCUGGGGGGGCAAGAAAGAUUGAGAGCUUCAUGGGCGACAUACUAUCGAGGUACUCAUGCCGUCAUCGUGGUGAUAGACAGCACCGAUCGAGCCCGGAUCUCCAUUAUGAAAGAUGAACUCUUCAGGUUACUUCAGCAUGGGGACCUUGAGCAUUCUGUAGUACUGGUCUUUGCAAACAAGCAGGACCUCAAGGAUGCGAUGUCCCCAGCCGAGAUAACCGAUGCCCUCACCCUCCACAGCAUCAAGAACCAUGAUUGGCACAUCCAGGCCUGCUGUGCUCUCAAAGGUGAAGGGCUAUAUGAUGGCCUGGGAUGGAUAGCUCAGCGAGUCAGUGGCAGCCCUGCAGCAACUUAAAGUUGGGGAGGUUCUUCUCGUGUGCCAUUCCACAGGAGACUAGGUUGAAAGUUCAAGAGGAGCGUGUUCUUUCUGUAUAACUACAUAAGUCGGCAUUUUUUCUUCCUUUCUCAUUUCAAUUCAACAAAUCAAACUAUGAUGUAUAAAAUAUCUACUUGAUUAGCUUCAAAAGAAUUUGCACUGUUGCAUGAAAAA